CAAGGAAGUGAGGCCCAUGGGGGGGCCUUGGGGCAGGGCUCUGGGGGAAGGCUCCUGCUCUCACUGGAGACCUGCUGUCUGCGGCUGACCUUUGACAGCAAGUGAGCCUGGAAAUAGUGGCCAGGAAAGGAGGCAGACCCCUGGCCACCGCGACCCUGGCCUGAAGAGGUGCUCCAGGCCGCCUCUUGGCUUCUGUCUAGCUCUCCCUGCCCCAGGGGAGGUCACCGGCCGCACACACCUGUGCUUCGGCUGGGCAGAGGCCAUCCCACUGUGCCCCCCGAGGAGGCCCUGACCUCUGAGACCCUCCCUGGGUCCUGGGACCCUGAGGCAAAGCGGGCGGUUCCCAAGGGCCGCUGAGGGUGCAGCAGGGCCCGUGGGCCUGUCCUGGGGGGCGCUGGGCUGCAGCCGGGCCUGGGCCGUGCUCGGGGAGGGGGUGGCCCUGAGGGAGAGUGGGGUCCCUGACAGUGGACGGGGUCUGUUGUGGCCCUGCUUGGACCUGAUGCGCAGUAGGCACGUGAUUAAACAGCUGCUGACGAAGCGGGCGGCCUCCUCCUGCCCGUCCCGCAGGGAGGCUGACUCACCAGAUGCCGCCCCAAGUCCUUGGGGAGCAGCCCUGACAGGGUGACCACUCACCAGCUGGGCUGGCUCGGGGUUCCCAGCUGGCCAUCCUGAGUACUGUCCACCAGCGCUCUGCCUGCUGAGGCUCCCUCCCUGGGGAGGCCGGGGACCACGCUCGGGGUGCGUGGACACGCCGUGGCCCGGGCGGGAGUGGCAAGAGCCACGUCCGAGAGGUGCCCGUGCCCCUUGCGUGCCCGUGCCCCUCGCGUGCCCGUCUCCACCUGCAGAAGCUCCCCAUGCGCCUUCAGUGUGAGCUCUUGUUCAUCUUAGCACCUGUGUUCUCCUGUUCUGGCCUCACGUGUUAACUCGGGCCAGGCAUCCCUGGCUGAACAGAAAGCCUCACUGUUGAUAUUGCCAGAUUCUUCCCUUUUUUUCUUUGCCUCAUGUAGUGCUUUUGGACACGUUUUUAAUGCCCUUCUCUGGCCAGGCUGCCAAGACACCCUCCUGCACACCGUUCUAUUAACUUCACGGCCUUGCAGACUUUCCCACUGGGGUUCCAUUUAGAGCCACACAGCCUGGGGCAGUGGCCUGCGGUCCCCACCUGUCCUCCCCCGGAGCCGGGGAACAGCUACCCGCUUUCUUCUGAAGCCUUGCUGUUCUCUGACCCGGUAGCCGCGUCUUUCCCAACAGCUGGUUUUUUUUUUUCCCUGUGUAAAGGAGAAAGUCUCUUGCUACUUUCCAAACCUCUGGUCCUCCAAGUUUCAGUUUCCCCUUUCACCCUCCCAAGAAUAAUUGUUACUGUCCAGAGGCUGGAUGUGAGUUCAGUCUUUUUAAGAAAAACAAAAAUUCUUUCUUCCUUUGGCAGUGCCAGGUCUGAAUUCUGCACUCAAGUCGGGAUUUCUGUUCUUCGCUGAGGCAUGCAGGAUCUUUAGUUGCAGCAUGUGGGAUCAGUUCCCCAACCAGGGAUCAAACCCUGGCCCCCGCAUUGGGAGCACAGAGUCUUAGCCACUGGACCCCCAGGGGAGUCUCGAGCAUAGUCUUUAGAGAAUGGUUUGCACUCGUGGGGCAUGUGCACAAGGGAUGGGUGGACUCAGGGACCAAAGAGAAUGGGGUGCAAACCCGCGGCCCCCAGGGCUUGUGGACUAGAGGGACAGACAGACAGAGGGGGCGGGCUUGUCACAGAGCAGCAUUCGGUGGGCCGGUGACCCUGUCCCGUGUCUGGAACCCUCUGAUGCCCCCCACAGACCCUGGUGAUCCUGGUUCCCAAAAUACCGCCAGACAAAGCAUGCUUGAUGCUUUCUUCUGACGAGUGGAUGGGUCGUUCUGGAAAUUCUGGAGAGAACAGUAAUGUCGUUUGCCAUCUUUAGCUUCCCUGGGAGGAGCAAUAUUCUGUUGGUGGAGACAGGGUCUAGCAAGGCCCGUUAAGCUGGUGGGCCCAAACCACUGGAGCCAGGCAACACGUGGGCCAGAGCCACGGGGACUGAAGGUUUGGGUUCUCCACGUGGACCCUGCUUCACAGGCUCUGGGCAGUGGGUCUCCUGGGGCUUCUGGGGGGAGGAAGCCUCCUUAGGAGGAGCUGCCCCAGGGGCCCCGCUCCCCUCCAUCUCCCCUCCUCGUCUGUCCCCCAAGCCCUCUCUCCCAGCUUCUGCUCUCCAAGCUCCUCCCUCCUCCUCCCAGAUCAACCCCACUCUGGACCCUCUUCUCAUCUGGGGGCAGUUUCGUCCCUGGGCCUGGCCAGCACGCAUCCUGCCCACCUGUCCGGGACCUGCCUUCACCAAGUGGUAGAGAAGCUGGUGACCACGUGUGCCUGGGGCAGCACCUCCCCCCAUACCCUGACAUUCUGGUUUAGGAACAGCACCCGGGGUCAGCGGGCGCCGUGAAAUCAAAGACCACAUUUCCCAGCCAUCCCCCCAGCCAGGCACAGCCACAGCAGUGCAUUCCUGAGGAGAUGGGACCAGAAGCACUGUUUGGGGAUUCUGGCGCAUCUCCUCAAAGAGCAGGGGCCCCUCUCGCCUCUACUUCCUCCCUUCCUGACACCUGGAAUGCAGAUGUGGGGGCUGGAGCUCAAGUAGCCAGUUUUGACCAAGAGACAAGGCACCUGGUUUCCCAAGGCUGUGGGAGCAGCUGGGCCAGCCGAGGGGGAGAGAGAGAGAACUCCGCAUGCUCAGCACGGCUGUCUGGGGUUUCUGAGGUGAUGGGCAGCCUGUUCUGGGCUGAUCUAGAGCACCCUUUAACUCUGCUGAAACCACGACCCAUGGUUCACAUUCAGAACGCACCCCAGUCAGAGGAAGAUGGGCCGGUAAUGAGUUUCAGAAUCACCAAGCUCUUGGGAUGACAACUUCUGUAAAGCCCCUUUUCGUUCACAGCUUCUUCUCUCCCGAGGAAGCUCUCCCCAAAACCACCCUGAAAGCCCCUUCUCUGGAGGGCGCUGGGGAACUCCUGGGCCCUUGUGAAAGCACCAAGUCCCGAGGAAACCCUGGAGGCCCCGCUUCCCCUCCCCAGCCCCCGAUUCAGUGACAGCAUCACUGAGGCUCAAGAGUGGGCGGGGGCAGAACCCUGCUCCACUGGAGGGGGGCAGGGGCCAGGGAGGCCUGGCAGACUUUCUGGAAGAAGGAAAAACGGUCAUCUCCCCAGUGGAUCAGGGGUGGCACAUUCAGACGGACACACACAAGGAAGCAGGGCCUGCUCCUGGCAGGAGGGGUUUGGAGAUGGAGGGGCAAAGCGUAGCGUAAUAGCAAAGCUGAAGAGACGGAGCACGGGCCCACCCCCACAGAGGCGGGGCAGAGGGUUCAGCGGGCCUGGGACAACUUGAGGGUCCUCAAGGGCAACAGCUGAAGUCGACGGAGGAAACACACCGUGAUAUGAAAACUCCGAGUCCUGCACACUCGUGUUCACAACAGUGUUACCCAAGGCGGCCCGAAGCGGGAAGCAACCCGCGUGUCCACGGAUGGGCGAUGGAUAAGCAGACGUGGUCCAGCCACACAAUGGCACAGGACUCAGCCACGCGGGGAGUGAGUCACAUCUGACACCUGCUCCAGCGUGGGCCGGCCUUGAGGACCUCAUGCGGAGUGAAACAGGCCUGUCACAAAAGGAUGCUCCUGGGAGAGUCCACUCGUCGGGGUCCCUGGAGCAGUCAGACCCACAGAGACAGAGGAAAGCUCCUGGAAAGGACUUCACCUGGUCGAAAGUUAAGCACAUGGAAGACUUUUGAGGUCACUUUAAACUCUGGGAGCGAACGUCUCAACAGCACCAUCUCCGCUGUGUGACGGGCACAGCCGCCCGGCCCUGAGCCCGGAGCCUGCGAACAUGCCAGGAAACGCCACGCUGGAGACCGGCCCUGCGCUGGGGGCCCUGUCGACGGGCGUGUCUUCCCACACGUGUAACGUGCCCUUCAACGAUAGCAGGGUGUUCCUGGUGACCGUGUACAGUAGCGUGUGCGUGCUGGGCCUGCCGGCCAACUGCCUGACGGCGUGGCUCACACUGCUGCAGGCACGCCAGGGCCACGUGCUGGCCGUCUACCUCUUCUGCCUGGCGCUCUGCGAGCUGCUGUACGUCAGCACCCUGCCGCUCUGGGUCGUCUACAUCCAGCACGGGCACCGCUGGCCGCUCAGCCCCUUGGCCUGCAAGGUGACCGCCUACAUCUUCUUCUGCAACCUCUACAUCAGCAUCCUCUUCCUCUGCUGCAUCUCCUGCGAUCGCUUCCUGGCGGUGGUGUACGCGCUGGAGACGCGGGGCCGGCGCCACCAGAAGACUGCCAUCCUCAUCUCCGCGACAGUCUUCCUUCUCGUCGGGCUCAUCCACUCUCCGGUGUUCAAGAUGGAGCACGAUGAAACCUGCUUCGAGACGCUGCCGAUGGACCACAAGGUGGCCGGGUACUACUACGCGCGCUUCAUGGUGGGCUUUGCCGUCCCGCUGUCCAUCAUCGCCGUCACCAACCAGCGCAUCUUCAGGACCAUCCAGCUGAGCACCAGCCUGAGCGCUGCCCAGAAGGCCAAGGUGAGGCUCCUGGCCAUCGCGGUCGUGGUCAUCUUCCUGGUCUGCUUCGCCCCCUACCACCUGGUGCUCCUGAUCAAAGCCAUCGCCUUUUCCUACCACAGAGGGGCCGAAGAACCUGUGUGCGACUUUGAAAUUCGCCUGUACACGGCCUCCGUGGUGUUCCUGAGCCUGGCCACCGUGAACAGCGUGGCUGACCCCAUCAUCUACGUGCUGGCCGCGGAAGUGACCCGCCAGGAAGUGUGCAGAAUCCACAAGGGGUGGAAAAAGUGGUCCACGAAGACGGACGACACCAAGCUUGCAUGCUCGAAGGACUCGGAGGAGGCACAGUCGCCCACGUCCCCCACCAACAGCUACGCCUUCCCCGGGCCCGUCCACCCACCAGGGCCGUCACCGGGCACCCCAGAGGGGCUGGCCGAGGGGUCCUGCUGAGCCCAGCGCAGGGGGCCAGGGCUGGCCGCCGGUGCUGCUUGUAGACCGCUAGCCAAUGUCCAUGGUGCUGGCUGGGGAGCCCCCUCCAAAUGGCUCACCCCCGAUUUCUCGUCCCCGAGUCUCUGCCGCUGGGGGUCCCGGCUGAGCAGAAGCCCCACGGAAGGCGGCAGCACAUUCAGGGUAAGGGCAGUCUGCUGGCCGCGGGGAAGAGCGCGUGGCGGGCGGGAGUGCUUGCUCUGGCUGGCGUUCUCCGCUAUUAGCGCACAGCAGGGCAGCUGGCGCAGGCCGUGCGCCCGCCUGGUGCUGCUGGCGGCUGCACAGGCCGUGUGCGGAAGCUGCCUGUCGGCCGCCGCGUGACGACUUUAUUUCCUGAGCUUUUCUGCAAGCGUCGCUUGGAUGCGAGUACGUGGCCGGGCAUUUCUGCUUCUGCCCCGGGUCGUCUGUGCAAACCGUGCCCUCGGCCGGGGCAGCUCAGCGCCAUGGCUCUGAGGGGGAGCCGCGAGGUGGGGUGCAGUCCAAGUGGCCUCCGGAGGAAGCCCCGUGUGUGCGUGGCAGGCACGCCUGUGGGCUGGGAGGGCCGGGGUCACCCCAGGCAGGGGGACACGCCCAAGGGCUCCGAGGACCCGGCACGUCGUCAGCACGGAGGCUUCCUGGCUCCCGUUGUGGCGGAGCUGCCGAGGGCCAGGCCAGGCGCAGCGCUGCCUCCGAGUCCCAUCUGUAGCAGGGCCCGUGACCCUGGCCUCAGCGGGUCAGCGGCGGGGCCGACCGCACGCAGCCCCAAGGUGGCGUCAGGGUCAACUUCCGCUCCCGCUUCUCUAAGGCCGCGUCGAUGGAUGAGCUUUACUGUGAAAGACCCUGAGAAGACAUGUGAUUUCACGUCUGGAAAUAAAAACGCAAGAGUA